UGGAGCAAUGACUGAGUAAGCCUACUCAGGAGGAGGAGGAGGAGAAUAUUUGCCCAAAGCCUGAAGCCACUUUGCCUACUUUGCCUAGUUUCAUUGCCGAACUGGUGGAUCUUCCAUUGGUGGGACCCUUCUCAUCAUGAGUGGAUCCUUUGACAAGAAGAUCACUAGCAUCUUGACAGACAUCUCCAGCUCCCUCAGUUGCCAUGCGGCCACUAAGGACUCCCCCACGCUCCCCGAAUCAUCCAUCACGGAUCUGGGCUACUACAGCACCCCACAUAACCAGCAUGAGUAUUACCCCAGUCAACCUUAUACCCAACCUAUGAAUCAUUAUGCGUACCACCCCCAGUUUAACCUGAACGGAUUAGGGGGGGCUGGGACUUACUCCCCGAAAUCUGAUUACCCCUACAGCACUUCUUACAGACAAUAUGGAUCUUUCCGGGACCAGCAAUUGCCCAGCCAAGAAGCAGUUUCAGUGAAGGAAGAACCAGAACCAGAAGUGCGAAUGGUAAACGGGAAACCCAAAAAAAUCCGAAAGCCACGCACGAUUUAUUCCAGCUACCAGCUGGCGGCUUUGCAAAGGAGAUUCCAGAAGGCGCAGUACCUGGCAUUGCCAGAGAGGGCAGAGUUGGCUGCACAGCUCGGACUCACCCAGACUCAGGUGAAAAUCUGGUUCCAGAACCGAAGGUCCAAGUUCAAGAAGCUGUACAAAAAUGGUGAAGUCCCUCUGGAACACAGCCCCAAUAACAGUGACUCCAUGGCGUGCAAUUCUCCACCAUCGCCCACCCUUUGGGACAGUAACACCCACAACAACCCAGCCAAUAGAAGCCAGCUCCCCCAACCGCUUUCGUACAACUCCCCACCAAGCUACUUGGAGGACCAUAAUUCUUGGUACCACCACCAAAACCUGAGCGGGCCUCACAUACAGCAGCAAGGACCUCCGCCCACUUCUGGUUCUAUGCAUCACCCGUCUCCGGGGCCUCCUCCCAAUCCUGGAGCGGUAUAUUAACCUUCUUUGCCUCCUGGAUGAAACCAGUGGAGCAGGAAAAAAGGAAUGAGGGAGACAGAGAGGGGGAGACAAAGAGGGAGAAACAGACAGACAGCAACAAGUCAAAACACUUUGAUGUGUUUUGUAUGACAUGUACACAUUCCAUCUCAUCUCAGGAACAAACGAACGGCGACAUGGUUAAGAAGCUGGGGAGAUGAUCUAAAAAUAGGCGGAAAGGGACAGGGAGGAGAGACCUCAUGCUCCACACUGUAUGGGAAUGCAUUUGGUUUUCACCCGAACAAUGCCACCAAAUCUCACCUUCCUACAUGGUUUAUCUGUGGGCAAUUUCUUCUCUACCACCAAAGCUAGCUUCAUGCAGAAGACACCUGACAGUCUUUGUGGGAGAAGAGCCAAGAGUCAUACCAUGCAGGUUUUCCAAAAGAAAGUGUACAGCUGGGAGGAUUUUCUAUCCUUUUCUUUGUUUGUUCAUCGUGUUUGUUCAGCUUCCAAAGCAAAAUGGUUUUUAGAGAAGUGUUGUCUUGAGGACUGUGAAAGAGCAGGCAGGACUUCAAAAGCUGUCAUCCGUAGUAGGAUCAGGAUUUGCAGUGUUACUCAUCCGUGCAAAUUUGGAACAGAAAUUGAUCUAAGAAAUUCAUCUGUCUUUCUUCCCCCCCUCCCCCUUGCAAAUAAUGUCCUGUUAGAAAUUUAGAAGACAGUUUAAGAAAGGAUGGUGAAACAUACUCACCACGUUUUAAAAAACAAAACAAGAGUUUAGGACUAAAAUCAAUGUAUACAUUAUACAGAACUGGACAGUAUAUAUUUAGAAAAAGCUCUCUUAGAGAACUGCUGUUUACAUAGAACGGGGAAGAGCGUGUGGAUUCUGAGAGUCUCUACGCAAGACAUCUUAGGGACUCUCAAGUGAAAGAUCUUACACUUGUUCUCCCAUUGCGGAUACACAUGCACUGCUAGGGAGACAGAGUACAUUAGAAUAUGAAACCACACAGAAAGUAAGUCACUUGAGUGUCCCUGUGUAAAAUGUCUUGUGUAGAGAGAAUCUGAACUCAGGCAAUUUCAUCCCAGAAACCCUCCAGGUUAAAUACAAGAUUAGGAAGCUGGUUUAGGCGAUCUCAGAGCGAGUUCUGCUAGCAUGAAUCUGCUGGUGUUUUUUUUUUAAAUCCCAGUGCAGAAAGAAAAGGAACGUUCUGUUCUGUUAGACAAGUCCAAGCUUAAUUGGGGCAAAGAUCUGGCUUGUAGGGGCAGAUGCAUACGGGUGCCCGCCUGUCUUCCCCUGGGGGCCAAAAAGCAGCUCUGGGAGGAGUCAUUUGCACAAGGAGAGUGGCCAGGAGAAGAGGGUUAACCCCCUCCCCCCCAGUGGUUCUGACCUAAAUUAUCCAUACCUGAUUUUAAGCCUUUUUAAAAAAAAGUCUAUGGGUGAUCCAUUCACAGCAGCUUUACCAUCACAGAUCCUUUGCUACCAGGUCCAACUUUGCCCUUUGGUACUGAAAAAUUAGAGCUCAAAGGAAAGUCUUAGUAUUGACUUGGAAGGGGGGAGAUUCUGCUCUCCUUCAUUACACUGCCUAUCUGAGGUAGCUCUUUUUAGAAGCAAAGUUAUACUUAGUUUACUCAUGAUUAAGAAGGUAAAGGAUCAGAUCCUCAGUUUAUACCUGCUGAUGCCAGAGAUUGGAGAAGAAAGAAGAUGAGGGAGGGGGGUGUUUGAUCUCAGUUAUUAAGGUACUUUACAUCACUUUAGGAGCCCAAAUUUAUAUUGGGGCCAAAUGUGAAAACAAAACUCCCUUUCUUUACUGGGAUUUUUGUUUUUUAUAUUCUAAACUAUCCGUGUAAUAAAGGGGAGGGGGCACCCUGUAUUUACACCAGUUCCAAAUAAGAGAUGCUUCAAAUUGCAUCAGCGUUACAAUCCAGAUAUUUGUUUCUUUGUCUAUCUGUUGUCAAUUGAUAUCACUUGAGAAUUUGACCUUCGUUUAGGGUUUUUAAGGGGUUGAACAGGGGAGAAAUGUUUAUUUAAAAAUUUUAGGGAGAUAUUUAAAACACUUUGGGAAUGAUUUAAGUUAUUUUUUUUUUGAAAAAGGAAAGUGAAAAUUGCUAACUGUCUUAAGUGUUGCUCUUCUCAUGUCAUUUUAAGCUAUUGUGAAAGCAAAGAGCUUAUUUUUUAAAAAAAGAACCAGAACAAAUCCAUCUUGGAUAUUUUUUUAAAAGAAACAAUGGUGUGUAUGUGUUUUUUUAAAAAAAAGAGCUGCAGUUUUAAUAAGCAUUCUCUUGUGUUGUACAGUGUCAAGGUUGCUAUUUAUGUUGCCUUGUAUAAUACAUACAGAGGGAGAAAGGGGAUGUAAAUAUGGCUGAUUUGUAUAAAGCUUAUUUCAAAGUUUUAAAGAAGUCUCUUUUUCUUGUUUUUUAAAAAAAUCUGGCUUGGAAAAAAAAGAGCAGCAUCUCUUGGAGAUGAAAACUGUGUUCCAGCUUCCUUUCUGCUUUGGUAGUAGACAGAAACUCUAUGUAUAAUGUUAAUAAAAUAUUUUAAA